AAGGUGGGAAAAGAAAAGACGACAAUUGGCCAAAGUUUAAGGUCUUGUCGCCAUGGGCCCUGGUGAUGACAUCUUGUUGGAUUGCUGCCAAUCUUAAGCUCACCAACACAGUGACUCCCUCCCAGUUGACCCACAGACCACUCUGCAACAAGCAGCCUACACAUAUUUCAUGAGAAUGGCAUCUCCAUAUAGCCGCCCCAGUCCCAUCAGGGUCAAAUGUGUCAUGAACCAUCGACAUGUAAAAACCCUAAACUUCCAGGUUGUUAAUGGAGAAAUAAGGCUUGGGAAUCAAAAUAUCACCUACCUUAGUGCACUGUCCACUGGUGGUAAAGUGUACAUCACACAGUCCUCUUCAGACAGUGCAGCCUUUGAAGAGGGUGUGACGUACUACGUCAAAAACUACACCUUGUCCUCAAGGUAUGGCCAGGAACGUCUGUUCAUGGGGCUGAACACAAGGACAUACAAAACUGCUCCCCUCACACUGACGUUUGACGCCGAGAAGAUGGCCAGAGACGCUCUCAUUCCACCAUCUGUCUCGGUGACUGGGGAUGACCAGGACCUAUUUUCAAAAGGGGGCUACUUGAGUCUGACGGGAACAGUCGAACAUUUGCAGUUUCCCAGGAUGACUACUGUGAGGGACACAGAAGUCCCCAUCUUGGAUCUGGGGAUCAAAAGCGGCUCCAGGAUCCUUGAGGUGUCCUUGUGGCGGGACCAGGCCCUGACCAAGCUGCAACUGAAUGAUAAAAUUAAUAUCGGUCACCUCAGAGCAAACGCCAAGGCCGAAAAGUUUAACUCAACGGUCUACACAACUGUGGAGGUUUUGGAGCAAGGACCAGUGGUGGAGGACAUACUGUAGUAGUCAUUGGCUUGUCCG